AUACAGACAGACUAUGCCGACUGCCUAAAAGAUUAAGCUAAUCCAAGUUAUUUUGUUCAUUGUUUACUAACUGAGUAUAUGAGUAAAUGAGUUCAGCUCUUAUUAAGACUUAUUUAAGACCAAGACGUCAAAAUGAUGGUUGAUAAUGUAUAUAUCGUGGACAAUGGAGCUUACACGGUUAAAGUGGAACUCUCCAAAGCAGCUGCACCAAGAGUUAUUCCAAAUUGCAUCAUGAAAGCUAAAAGUGAACGUCGAAGACCUUUCAUUGGGGAUCAAGUAGAAGAGUGCAGAGAUGCGUCUGGAUUAUUUUACCUGCUACCAUUCCAGAAGGGUUUCCUCAUUAAUUGGGACGUCCAGAAAACCGUGUGGGACUACAUAUUCAGCAAGGAGUGUUGCUACGGAAAUUUUUCCGAAACACCUCUUAUAGUCACAGAACCUUAUUUCAACUUCUCCAACAUUCAGGAAGCUAUGUCAGAAAUUUUUUUCGAAGAAUAUGAAUGCCAGUCGCUCUUAAGAAUUAAUGCAAGCUGUGAGGUGAAAGAAGGACUUCAGCAGAUGUUGGGAGCUCGGCAGGUUUAUGAUGUUUCCGCUGGCGAUCCUACUUUAACUGAGACAACUUAUAUGUUGAGAUACUGCUCAGAAAUAUUUGCACACAGAGAAAACGUCAAAAGAAUUUUAUGGGAUGACAAUCAUAAUCCUCUGCUGCAACAUAGUUUGGAUUCAGAUUGUUCUAAAUCAUUGAAAUUCGGUAAACCUUUGUGGAUUAGACAUGUUUUUAACUGCCCUAAUCAACAGAAGUACUUGAACAUUGAUAUGAUACAAGCACUGCACUCUCACCUACAUGUAAAACAAUCAAAACAAAGAGAUUUGUCGCUAUCUUUAGAUUCUUGGAUCAAUAAUUAUGCAUUACAAUGUAAACUCGAUGAGUCAGAUACAAGACAUGUUCAGUCUUUUGAUAAGACUGUAUCUGAAGUUCCAGCCAGUCACUUGAUCAAAAACUUAAAGAAUAAAUCGAGUAGUGAAAUUUUUGAACGAAUGCCAAUGGAAGAGUUGUUUGAUACAAAUGAUCAGCCUAUAAACUACGGUUUGAAAUACUUUGAACAUGAAACACCUCUGUUGUUAGAUAGUACGGAACAGCCUGUAAAUUUCUGCCUGAAAUAUCUGGAAGAAAUGGAGAAUGAAUCGGACACUGUUGAGAUGAUGUUUGGCGCAGGUGAAACCUGCUAUGCUGAAACUGAUUUAGAUCAACCUGACGAGAUGUUUAACUACCUCAAGAAGAAUCCAGAACAUUGCAGCGAGUCUAAAUUCAACCACCUUAACUAUGCCCUUAGCUUUUCUGAGGAACUCAAAGAGUACCAGGUUGAAGGAACUCCUUGCGAUUAUUCUAUAGCUACACCACUUUCCGGUAUUUGCUCUCCACUUUAUGAAGGAGAGGCAAAGGUAGAAUCUGGAAAAGUGUCUCCAAAUACUGUUCCUUCGAAACAAACUGAAGACAGGAAGAGUGAAGUCUUAUUGCUUGAAACACCUCUGAUGUUUUCACGUUCAAGCUCAUUGAACUCUCUAACUAGUGACGAGCCUUUGAACGAUGUCAGAUCUUUGAUUAGCGAUUACAGCAGAAUGGCCAGUGGGAUGAUUUCUCCAAGUGACUUACCGGAUUCACCGACUCAAACAACGGCUCCUAGCGUGCACAGUUUCAAACUUCAACCACUGCCGAAACUGAGGAGUGUAUUUGAGGAAAAGGUGUCCAUUUUUAGAGAAGAAAGUACCCCUAUACAGUUCUCCACUACAAGUAGUCUGAGCGCCUUGAGUUUUGACGAUAACUUGUUAAAUGAAGCAUCAAAUGAAUCGCCACAUCUCGAACCCGAAGUUGCUUCCACUGAUGGAAAUGACGAUGACGAUAUAUUAGCUGCUUGUAUCAAUGCAGGUAUGCAGAAAUGUAGAGGUUUUGGAAAUGUGAAAACCCCUGGGAAUCCUAAGAAAAUCGUUCAAUCUAGUUUUAAAACCACGGAAAAAGACAUGUGUAAAAUUACUAAGCAUAUUUCUACUUCAAAAGAUCAAGCGUCGGCUGAUAACGUAAAAACAUAUACUACUGAGGAUACGUCAUUACAUAUCAGUCACACAACUUCAUGCUCUGAUUUGUCAAAGCUACCUGAAGAUUCAGAUCAUGCAGACAUUCUAGCUGAGUGUAUUCAAGCUGGAAUGCCAAAAGCAAUAGGAAAGUCCAAGUGUAAUUCGAAGAAAUCACCUAAGGUGCCUUUAAAACUGUCUCUGGUAAAGGGCAAUUCACAUUUACAUAAUCAAGCUAAAGCAACGACUUCUGUCGUAGAUAUCCAUGGAAACUCUUUGCCUCUAAAAUCAGGAUCAGCUGUCAAAAUGUGCCAUUGUAACCCCAACCUUGUUUCACCAGAAUCAUUAUCAGAACAAAUCACAACUGAAGCAGGAAUAUCACAGUUAGAAGUUAGAAGCGAUUCUAUGGCGAAACUUUCUCGUCGGUCAAGCAUUGAAUCCAUUAAAGAAGAUUUGACUGAAGACCCAGUAACUCUUUCAGAGUUGUUGCUGCUGGAACAAUGUAUUAGUUCUGGGAUGCCGAAGAAAAAGACUAGAUGAAACUGCAAACUCUUUUAUAUUCGUGUUAUGUCUGAUGUGUAAUGAGUUUGUCUUUUUUGUGUAAAGUAUGUUAAAUUCAAAUAAUUCAAAUGUAAAACUUCCACCUAACGUAAGAGACUAAGUUUUUUCAAUGUAGUAGAGUACUGAGAAUCGAUAUCUCAGUUGAAUCUUGUAGAAUCUUCUAUAAACUUGAACACAAACCAAAUGCAACUUGGUCCUUGUAGCUGGGGACCUUGUGAACUACCAUUACCGCAAGGAACAUCCCGAGGCAUUGUGUUGUCUGGUCAUCGACUGCGGCUACAGUUUCACCAACAUCGUUCCAUACAUUAGAGACAAGAAACAA